AUGAAUAGGCAGGCUUCGUAUGCUGAUGCCAGUGCCAAUCCAUAUGCUGCUUCUCAAAUGCAGAUGCAGCAGAUAUCUGCACAGAGAAUUCAGCAGAAUGCUGCAAUGAGUAAUUUUCCAGGGCGACUUAACUCUUUACCUGCAGAGCAUGGAAAUAAUUCUGGUGUUCCGUCGCAGAUGCAGCAGAUACCUGCACAGAGGUUUCAACACAAUGCUGCAAUGAGUAAUUUUCCAGGACAUAUUGAUUCUUUACCUGCAGAGCAAGGAAAUAAUUCUAGAGGUCCAUCUCUGUGGGAUAGAGAUGCAUCAAUAGUGUCAAAUUCAAAACAGAUGCCAACUCAUCCAUACACUGACCCAAGAAAAGGAGGCAAUUCCAUCCAGUCUUAUCACCAGAGACCGGUAUUGGAUUCAAAAAGUGAUUUUGGAAACCAUGUUAAUACAGAGAUAGGACCACAGGCCCACGAGGAAGACAUGGAAAUAGGAUAUGAAGACAAGCCUUCUCAUUUGAAUUUUGAAGGUCUCGAAGAGAGAUUCCAAGAAGAAAUCUUGAAGCUAAUAAAGGAACAAAUUGAUGCAGAAAACGCAGAAAAUGCUAGGCAUAGAGAGAAGAUAAUGGAGAUCAAUAACAAGUACCAGGAGAAAUUAUCAGUUCUUCGAGCACAACAAGCUAAUCGAAGAGAAGAGUUUCUUCGCAGGGAGUCACAGGCAAGACUACAACAGUAUCAGCAAGCUGGAAUGAACUAUCUCCUGGACAGAACCGGCCCCAACAACCCUCAUGGUCAUGUUCCGGCUGUCCCUCCACAACCAUAUCCAACUGGUCACAUGGAUCGUAUUAACUCUUAUAGCCAAUCACCAUUUCCCGGUGUGGGAGGAAACCGAGGAACUGAAGGACGGGUCCCAUAUCCUCAGGGUCGAGUUUACAACAAUGCGAGUGGUCGUUCUUAA